AUGCGGCCCUCCCUUCGCGCCACCGCAAUACGUAACCUUUCUUUACUGCUUUCGCACGCCCCUCGCCGCACAGCUGCUCUCUUCCUCCGCCAGCAUUCCACCUCUUCAUCAUCCGUGUCAUCAGAUGAACUGACCCAUUUUGCAUCUCUCGCCAGUAGUUGGUGGGAUCCAUUGGGCCCUUCACGUAUUCUCCAUUUGAUGAAUCCGUUGCGGCACGAAUUUAUAAAAUCAUGUCUAUCCGAGGGAAAGCCUGAGGCGGCCAAUACGCCUGAGAACAAUGGCAACAGUACGCAAGAGGCAGAUCCAAGGGGGCUUCGAUAUCUAGACAUUGGCUGCGGCGGCGGUAUAUUUGCUGAAUCUCUAGCACGAACGAUCCCGCUCGGUUUUCCCUCAUCCUCUUCAACCCAAACCAACGCCGCUUCUCUCCUCGCCAUUGAUCCCUCCCCAGUGAUGAUUGAAAUCGCCCUCUCCCACGCUCGCAAAGAUCCAACCCUCCAUUCACACCUUCAGUCCGGCGUAUUCAAAUACGAAAACACCUCCCUCGAAUCACUCGUGUCUAGCUCCACAUCACCAGCCGAACCCUCAGCCACUCCAGCACCUCCCCAUCCACCGAAAUUCGACGUAAUCACCCUCUUCGAGGUUCUCGAGCACGUCGACCCGUCAACCUCCUCCCCCCGCCAAUUCAUAGAAAACUGCCUCCGCCUUCUCCGGCCCGGGGGAUGGCUCAUCGGCUCCACCAUUGCCCGCACAUGGCCCUCGUAUAUCAUCAAUCAGGUUCUCGCAGAAGCCCCCUGGCCUAUCGGCGUGGUUCCGCGCGGUACACAUGAAUGGAGCAAGUUUGUGAAUGUGGACGAACUGCGGGGCUGGGCGAGGUCAGUCGAGGCGGGGUUGGAGGCGUCUGGAUCUCAGACACCGGCAGCGACACAGCCAAAGUAUCUUGAUACAAAGUGGAAGUGUGUCGGGGCAGUGUACUUCCCGGGUAUGGGGUGGAAGUUGAUUCCGGGAUCGGAAAAAUGGGGGAACUAUUUUUGGGGCAUACAAAAGUUGAAGUAG